AUGGCUAUGCGCGAUUAUGUUGCUGAUAAAGAAAGCAUUAAAAACUUCUUCAUAGAUUUUUGCCAAACUGAUGAUGAAGGUCGCAAAUUUUUCAAAUAUUCUGAACAGCUUACAAAAGUUGCACAAAGAGAACAGGUAGCAUUUGUAGUGGAUUUAGAUGAUUUACAUGAAAUAAAUGAAGAUUUAGCUGAAGCUGUAAUGAAAAAUACUAGACGGUACACCAAUAUGGUGUCAGAUGUUGUGUAUGAAAUGAUUCCAGAAUAUAAACACAAAGAUGUUGUUGCCAAAGAUUCCUUAGAUGUGUACAUUGAACACAGAAUCAUGUUGGAAGCAAGGAACCAUAGAAUACCCGGUGAAAUGAGAGAUCCCAGAAACAGAUACCCACCAGAAUUGAUAAGACGAUUUGAAGUUUACUUCAAGGAUAUGUCUACAUCUAAAUCAGUACCCAUUAGAGAUGUCAAGGCUGAACACAUUGGUAAACUUGUUACAGUAAGAGGUAUAGUAACCCGCUGCACAGAUGUAAAGCCCCUUCUAGUAGUGGCAACAUACUCCUGCAGUGCAUGCGGGGCGGAGAUUUAUCAACCUGUGAGGGGUCUCCAGUUCACACCUCCCCCUUCAUGUUCUGCAGAAGAGUGCAGAUUGAAUAAGACAGCUGGCCAGCUCCAUCUACAGACCCGAGGCUCUCGGUUCCAGAAGUUCCAGGAGUUAAAGAUACAAGAGCAUUCGGAUCAGGUGCCCGUAGGGCACAUCCCGCGCCAGCUGUCGGUGUACUGCCGCGGCGAGACGUCGCGGCGCGCGCAGCCCGGCGACCACGUGGCCGUCACCGGCAUAUUCCUGCCGAUGCUCAACGCUGGCUUCAAGCAGAUGGUUCAGGGUUUGCUCUCUGAUACGUAUUUGGAAGCUCAUGGAAUAACCUGUUUAAAUCAAAGUGAAGAAGGUGACACUGCAGAAGCACUAACAGAAGAGGAAUUGGCAGAGUUAGCUGAUGAAGAUCUGUACUCGAGGAUGGCGCGCAGCUUAGCCCCCGAGAUAUACGGGCAUGAAGAUGUUAAGAAAGCUCUACUGUUGUUGCUGGUUGGCGGUGUUGAUAAACGUCCCAACGGUAUGAAGAUCCGCGGCAACAUCAACAUCUGCCUGAUGGGCGACCCGGGCGUGGCCAAGUCGCAGCUGCUCAACUACAUCGACCGCCUCGCGCCGCGCAGCCAGUACACCACCGGCCGCGGCUCCUCUGGCGUCGGACUCACUGCUGCUGUCCUCAAGGACCCAUUCACAGGUGAAAUGAUGUUAGAGGGAGGCGCUCUAGUGCUGGCGGACCAGGGCGUGUGCUGCAUCGACGAGUUCGACAAGAUGGCGGAGAACGACCGCACCGCCAUACACGAGGUUAUGGAGCAGCAAACCAUCAGUAUUGCUAAGGCCGGCAUAAUGACGUGCCUGAACGCGCGCGUGUCGAUCCUGGCGGCGGCGAACCCCGCGUACGGCCGCUACAACCCCAAGCGCACCAUCGAGCAGAACAUACAGCUGCCGGCCGCGCUGCUCUCACGCUUCGAUCUGCUCUGGCUCAUACAGGACAAGCCUAACAGAGAGAAAGAUCUAGAACUGGCGAAGCACAUCGCGUACGUGCACCAGCACUCGUCGCAGCCGCCCAGCGAGGUGCGCGCGCUGCCCAUGCGCCUCGUGCGCCGCUACCUCGCGCUCACGCGCCGCAAGCAGCCCACCGUGCCGCGCCCGCUCGCCGACUACAUCGUCUCGUCGUACGUAGAGCUGCGACGCGAGGCGCGCAACGCCCGCGACGUCACCUUCACAUCGGCGAGGAACUUGCUCGCCAUUCUGCGCCUCUCCACUGCGCUCGCACGACUCAGAUUGUCAGAUGUGGUCGAGAAAGAAGAUGUGUCCGAGGCUAUUAGACUCGUUGAGAUGUCGAAACAAUCGUUACAACAUGUUGAAGAAAAUGUACAGAGGGGUAUCAGCGCGACGGACCGCAUCUUCGCGGUGGUGCGCGAGCUGGCGGGCGCCGGCCGCAGCGUGCGCGUCGCCGACGUCAUCGAGCGCUGCGUCGACAAGGGGUUCAAGCCCGACCAGGUGGACGCUUGCAUCGAAGAGUACGAGAAUCUCAAUGUAUGGCAAGUCAACCAAGUGCGGACCAAGAUCACGUUCAUCCGUGUGUUAGAAGCCGCCGCUCGCAACAAUGGCAUCGCGGCGGGCGGCGAGCGACCCAAAGAACCUCAA